CGAGUCAGUUGAAGGCAGUGAGUCGUGAAGUGAGGAGCUGCUGAGGAGGACGGAGUGAAGACGAAUACGAGCCAUGGCUGUGAACAGAUGCAUCAAAUACCUUCUCUUCUUCUUCAACCUUCUGUUCUGGAUCAGUGGGUGCAUCAUCCUGGGCGUCUCCAUCUACCUGAAAGUGCACAAGGAUGGAAACGAGAUCACAAAUGAGUCUCUUCCGGGCGUCGACCUGAUGAUCGCCAUCGGGGUCAUCAUCAUGGUGCUGGGCUUCCUGGGCUGCUGUGGAGCCAUCAGAGAGAACCGCUGCAUGCUGCUGCUGUUCUUCAUCAGCCUCCUCAUCAUCUUCAUUCUCCUGCUGGCGGCGGGCAUUGUGGCAGCCGUGAAUGAAAAAAAGGUGAAGGACUGGAUGAAGGAGCGUCUGGAAAAGUUCCUCCCACUGUCAAGCCAACCGCAGAGCGUGAGGGAAGACCUGGAGGCACUGCAGGCGGAGCUGCAGUGUUGUGGUCUUGUAAAUGGACCGUCGGACUGGGACAAGGUUCCCGACUCCUGCCUCUGCAACACCACCGUAGCAGCCUGCACCCCCGGCACCCACUACAGCACGCCCUGCUCCACCCAAGUCAUCAAGCUGAUGGAGAAACACAUGGAGGUGGUGCUGGGUAUUGCCUUUGCCAUCGCCAUCCUGCUGAUUUUCGGCAUGGUCUUUGCCAUGAUCCUCUACUGUCAGAUCGGCAGGAAGGAGGGCGUCACCCCUGCCACCACCGCCUGAACACGCACUUGUGAUCACACCCUCUUGCUGCCUGGCAACGGCCAAUCAGCAGUGCCCACAUGACCCAUGUAACCUCAGUACUACUGUAACCUAUGCUUUUACUGUGGAGGAACACACUGAUAUUUUGGUUGAAAUUAAAUGUCAUUAAUACAGAUAAUACACGGCCUGAUGUCUGAGUAAUGACAAAAAACUAUAUACAUAUUUUAGGUAAACAUGAGAAUUUCUGCAUGUGAAAAAUUAACAAAUUAGUGUAUUUUUAAUUAACUAAAUGAAUGAAAUUGUUUUCAACAAGUGGAUUUCCCACUUGUGUACCUUAACUCAUUGUAUGGACGUGUGUUUAUGCUGUGGACAGUUCACACUGUGGCCUCAAGGAACAAAAUUUAGGAAAAUGACUGUGUUGUCUGGGGCUUAAUAUGUAUGGGCCUCCAUUACUGUAAAAAAAAAAAGUUAUGCGAAAGGUGCCUAAACGUAUAAUGAAGUACUAAAUCAUAGUUGUCUUGGUAUUUCUAUUUUUAUCUUUUCUUAGAUGCAGAAAUGGGCUUACACUGUUUUUUCUUUGUCCAAACGCUGUCUGUCAUGUCUGUCGCCAUUUUUGGAAAAUAUUAUAAGGUAAUCCUCAGGAAGUUAAAGUUGUGGUGUGUGCGUGUUCGUUCUAACAUAACUCCGUAAACCUUUCAGAAAUACAAGAUACAGUAAUAGAAUGACAUAUACAUGAGAAUUUAAUGUUACACCACAUUGUUAUAUUACUUAUCAACUUUUGAUUGUUUCAUUAAAGCGUACAGGUGAUCUAAUCUUUUGGAGCAAAAUUUCUUUGUCUUUGCACUCUGAAUGUUGUUUCUGUUGCAUUUUUUAUGUACACUGGUUGAAAACUGUAAGGAUCAUUUUUUUGUCACCGAACUAGUUUGGGGACAUCAAGUGUCACAUGAUCAAGGAAGGGAAAUAAAAACUGAGAGAAACAAAAUCAAA